GAACCAGCUCUUACAUUGCUCUAUCAGUCUCAAAUCUCAAUAUCAAACAUGGGAGAAGUGAAACUGCUUGGAUCAUGGCCUAGUCCAUUUUGUUAUCGAGUCAUUUGGGCACAAAAACUAAAGGGCAUAUCUUAUGAAUAUGUUGAAGAAGAUCUCUCCAACAAGAGCCCUUUGCUUUUGCACUAUAACCCAAUCCACAAGAAAAUCCCAGUUCUUGUUCAUGCCGGAAAACCAAUCUGUGAGUCCACCAUUAUCCUCGAAUAUAUCGAAGAGACUUGGCCACAAAAUCCAUUGCUGCCCACGGAUCCUUAUGAAAGAGCCAUGGCUCGCUUUUGGAUCAAAUUUGUAGAAGAAAAGGGUCUUGCCAUGUGGUUCAUGUUUCGCACCAGCGGCGAAGAACAGGAGAAGGCAAAGAAAGACACUUUAAAAAUGUUAAAAAUUGUAGAAGAAAUCGGUCUAAGAGAUUUUAAGGAGAAAAAAUUCUUUGGUGGAGAUAAGAUCAGCCUUGUAGACAUAGCCUUUGGUGGCAUUGCACAUUGGUUAGGAGUCAUUGAAGACGUAGUUGGGAUGAAGCUACUUGAAGCUGAAAAGUUCCCUCGUUUGUACGCAUGGAUAAAAAAUUUCAAGGAAGUUCCAGUUAUUAAAGGGAAUCUUCCUGAUCAUGAUGAAAUGCUCAUCAAUUUCAAGCUUAGAAGGGCAAUGAUACUAGCGGCUUCCUGAUGUUUGUUUGCAGCUGAAGUUUUCAUCACUUCAUUUUCUUAUUAAGGUUUUAAAUCAUGUAAUAAUGUACUCUUUU